AACGCCCAUGGUAGUGUAAAUGUCGGGUCUCACAAUACAGCUCCUACACGUCUUGAAAAUCUUAUCCAAACGUGGUGCUCGUGUGUGUACGCAAAACGGAGAUACUUGUCAUUUAUAACUAACGAUACAUUUAUGUCAAUUAAGUCCUGAAAAUAUUUAUAAUCAUUUUUAAUAAGUGUGUUUCCAAAACUAGAACCUUGUAGAUUAAACACCACGCAUCCUCCCAGCACGGAACCUUCGGCGUCUGCGUUGCGUUCAUGCAGGCCAUGCGUAAUACGUCACCACAGGCACCAGCAGCGAAUCCCUACCCCGAAUUGCGCAGCAGAGUUGCGCAGACAGACUCGGUAAAGAACGCAGCCAUUAUUCAGACCUCCACAACAGACAAAUUAAACAACGGUUUAUUGAACAAAGGAUCAACAAUACAUCAGGGGGAGCGGAGAAAAGCACAUGUACGCGAACAAAGCCGCGUUACAAUUAAAAUUAUGACGGUGGACUGGAAAUAAGAUCGAGCGCACAGGCAAAAUAAAAAGUUGUAGAAAAAACUAUUCCCGCGCUAGCUAGCUCGCACGAUAAAGCAAACGGUGCGUGGUAAUAAAGCCUGGCGACGCGAUCUGACAUUUACGCAACACAUGCAACGCUUGUGGAAAUUUUCUAGAUCUCACGACUACUUUGAAAUCAAAUGAACUAAUCCUAGCUAGCAAGCUAGCUAUACAGUUGCGUAAGAGAAUGGACAACCUCUCCACAAGUGAAGCGUCCCUGACGGAGAACGAAUCGGCGCAGCUGUGCAGCAACCAAGACGAAUCAUCGCAGCUGUGCAUCAGCCAAGACGGUUCCGUGCUCGCAGACCCCGGCUCUGACGUGUCUGGAGGCGAGCAUCAGGAUCAUCUUCUACAAUCUGUCCAGAUGUCUACCGCUGCAGCCCCGAUCCUACUCUAUCCUGUUAGCGCUGACAGAGUCAUAUCUACCACCUCAACGGAUGGCAAAACUAUUUUCAAGAUUGCACCAGCCCCCCUGCCCAACGUGAAGCUUCCCGCGGCGGCGGCGGCUCCGGAGAAGGUGGCCACCUCAGAGUUCACGUACCAGACCAUCGUGUUCCUGAUCGAGGCGGUGGGCCGGCGCUGGAACAUGUACGGCUCGCGCGAGCGCGCCCAGCUCUUCCACAGCGUGCAGAAGGAGCUGGAGGGCCAGGGGUACUGUCUGCCCGUGGAGCGGAUCCGCCGCAAGUGGAACAACCUCAUCGUCACCUACAAGAGGGUGAAGGACCGCAGCCGCGAGACCGGGCAGGCCAAGACCUCCUGGGAGUACUUCGAGAUGAUGGACGCCAUGCUGGGCAGCACCAUCGGCAGCCAGUGCACCGCCAACGCCUCGGCCACGCUGGUCGACAUGGCGACCGUCACCAAGGAGACGCCGGCGUUGGCGGAUCAGGCCCCUCCCGGCAGGAGCGCGAGCACCAUGGCCAAACCGGGCCUUCUCCCGGCGGGGCUAAUCAGCACCUGCGCCCAGAUCCCCACCCUCAUCCCCUCCUCCCUCCCUCCCCCCAUCACCCUCAACACCUCCUCCAAGACCCCCAGCAACACGGACGCGCGGCACCCGGCCCCCUCGCCCUCCCGCAAGGCCCCGGCGCGGCUGGCCCGGGUCCGGGGCCGCCACAGGCUGCGCAGGGGCCCCGCCGACAUGGCCGCCUCCUUCCUGGCCCAGCAGCACAGCCACGCGGAGGACCGCACCUCCCUGCUGCGCGGCUUCCUGGCGGGGCAGGAGGAGCGGCAGCGCGUCGAGGAGGAGCGCGGGAGCCGGGGGGAGGCGCGGGAGAGGCGGCGCGAGAAGAGGGAGGGCAGGAUGGCCGACGCCAUGGGCCGCAUGGCCACCGCCCUGGAGCUCAUCUCCUCCAAACAGGACACCAUUAUCACCCUGCUGCAGAGGCUGGCUGACAGACAGUGAUCUCCUCCAAUCAGGACACCAUCAUCGCCCUGCUGCAGAGGCUGGCUGACAGACAGUGAUCUCCUCCAAACAGGACACCAUUAUCACCCUGCUGCAGAGGCUGGUUGAUAGACAUCCUCUCCAAUCAGGACACCAUUUCAGCCUGCAGGACACAAUUAAACAGGAAGGAGAGUAUGGGGGAAGGGAUUGGAUGCCUUGAGGUUUUUACGUGCUGCAUUCUAAAUGAAUGGCACAGUCUGAUUACGCAAAUUUUGGUUGAGCUGUGAAGUUCUGAAGUAGAAGUGUGAAGAAUGGGAGGGGGGGGUGGUUGGAGAGGGAAGUUAUGGGGUACUGGACACGUUUGGGCAUAUAGCAGGGUGGGUGAAAUGUUUAAUUUCACUGGCCGGUGUGGGUCUGCUUACUUUGUGUGAAUGUCCAACUGAAGCCCUGAAUCACUGUAGCCUCUGCUGGUUUUUAAUCAGCAGCUAAAUAAGGCCAUAGAAACAAGUUGUGUGGUUUAAUUAGUCAAUCAAGGACUCGAUUGAAUUAAUCACUGGUGCUUAACCUUUGAACAGUAGGUUUCUUGGAGUGUCAUUUCAAAAUUCAUAAAGUCAGUGUUCUAGGUCUCCGUUGCUUUCAAUUACCAGGACCGAUCAUUACAGCAGCAUUAGAAUGUUCAGUUCAGAACAUUCCCAUCACGUAUUUGUUACAGUUGCAUUAGUUAUUUAGCUGAUGCUUUUAUCCAAAGCGACUUAGUUGAUUAGACUGAGCUGGAAGCAAUUCCCCCUGGUGCAAUGUGGGCCAUGCUCAAGGGCCCAACAGCUGUGCGGAUCUUAUUGUGGCUACACUGGGGCUUGAACCACCAACCUUCUGGGUCCACAGUUGUGUACCUUAGCCUCUAGGCUACUGGCUGCCCCAGGUGUGUUCUUACACCUUAAAGGGUUAAGCCCACAUCAAACCAGCAGAAACUGCGGUCCCCCCAGGGCUGGCUUCUGACCCCUGUGCCCUGACGCUGAUCUUUUUUAAACAGUGUUUGUACAGCCUUCUACCCUCCCCUGUGAUCACUUCAGGGAGGGGGUAAUUAAAAACUGAAAUAUUGUGGUGAGGUUGGUUGUGUAUUUUAAGUGGUGAAAUGUUCAUUUCCGUCACAAACCUCCAGGAUAGCUGUUCCGUUACAGACAAAUCUAAGGACUAUUUAAAAAAUAAUGAUAUCUGAUUGUUGUUUAUGUUUUUAAAAAAUCAUGGUUAGUAGUACUGGUCAUGGUGGUUCUCAGUGCAAAGGACUGUUUUGUAUGUUUGUAGUGUGAUAGCUGACAAUGUGUUCUUUGAAGUAAAAAACUGACGACAGUUCAUUACUGACA